CCUCCCUACCCCCAACCCCCCACCCCUACCCCACGUAACAUCGUCGGCACAUUUUUGUCGAUGUACCGUCGACCUAAUCACACUGAAUAACUUCUCACCUUCACACCCCUCUCUCUCUCUAACCCUAAAAUCGAAAAAACUAGGGUUAGCGCCGCCGUCGAAUCGCCGCUGUCUCCGAUGUCCGACAACGAUCUCGAUAACAAUUCUCCGUCACCGUCGCCGUCGUUCUCACCUCCACCAAUAAAAAACGAACACGUAGCUCUUCCUCCUCACGCGCCUCCUCCUCCUACAAUUUCUCCGGCGACGACAAUCUCACCGCCGUUAACUCGAUCGCCGGCGUUCCCGGCGCGUGAAGAUUGCUGGUCAGAAGCGGCGACUCAUACACUCAUCGAAGCAUGGGGAUCUCACUAUCUAGAACUGAAACGCGGUAAUCUAAGACAGAAACACUGGCAGGAAGUUGCUAAUUCCGUCAACGCACUUCACGGACACACGAAAAAGCAAUAUCGAACAGAUAUACAGUGCAAAAACCGGAUCGAUACGUUGAAAAAAAAGUAUAAGAUUGAAAAAGCUAGGGUUUCUCAAUCUCACGGUAGGUAUGUUCCUCAAUGGCCGUUUUUCAAUAGCCUCGAUGUACUCAUCGGUGAUAAUUUCAAACCUUCUCCGUCGCCGGUAACAACCCCGGUGAUGACGUCAUCACCGGUGACGUUAACCGUUGCUACUCGCCGGAAAACACCUCCACUGCUUCCUCCGCCGCCUUCCGCAGUGCCGGUUGCUCCUCGGUCAAAACGGCCGGCUGCCGGAGAACUUUACCGGCGAAAUUUCUCAGCCAUGGCCGCCGCCGCAGCUGCCGUGUCGGAUGAUUCCGACGAAGAGGAUGAGUCGGAAACUUCAACUCCGGCGAGUUUUCAGGCGGUAGGUAUAAGUAGGAGGAAGGAGAGUGGUGGUGAAUUGGCGGAAGGUUGUAGCAGGUUAGCGGAAGCGAUAGGGAGGUUUGCGGAGAUAUACGAACGAGUUGAGGAUGCUAAGCAAAGGCAAAUGGUGGAAUUGGAGAAGCAAAGGAUGCAAUUUGCGAAAGAUUUGGAGAUUCAAAGAAUGAAACUCAUUAUGGAAUCACAAGUACAGCUUGAAAAGAUUAAACACGCUAAGAACAGUUCACAAGCGGCAGAUGGUUACUUGUAGAAGGAAUGUUGACUAGAAGAGUGCAUUUAUCGACAAAACUUUUGGAGGUGAUACAUAUAUUUUGGUUAACCUCGCCAAGAGAAUACAAGUUUGCUAUAGUGAAGAUAAGCAGUAGAUACUAUUUUUAGGUUUGAUUUAGUCUGUUGUUGUUUUGAGAUUUUAAGAGCUUGUAACUUAUUUCUGUGUAAAAGUGUUGGCCUGAGCGAGGCCCUCAGCGUGGUCCUAGUUAUAUUCUUUCAACUUUAAGCUUUCUUUUUUUCCGAUAAGUAAGAAAUAUCCUUGUGCACAUGUGAAUCGAAUCAUGAAGUUCCUGUUUCGACUGACUAGUUUAUACAUUUCCGCCAAAUGGGUUCUCAUUUCUCCUUCCAA